AUGUCUGAAGGGGAUGAAUUGAUAUCGUCGUUGUACCCGCCUCCACCUCCGUACUAUAGGUAUUUCACCGACGAAAAUGUGGAGAAAUUGGCCCAGUGGAAGAAGAGUAACCAGGGUGCAAGCUCAGCUGUGAGUGGGAACGAUAAUGAGAACGAAAAUGGAACUGGAACUAGUGAGGAGGAGCAUACUUAUGAAACUGGGGCAGAAGUCACAGGGGAACUUAAGUUUCUCGUGCCCCCCAAACCGCCCCUGGGCACUCACUACCGUAACUAUGGUAAUGUCUGGUCCUUUGAAGACAAGCUCCCCUCGUUAAAGGAGAUGGGAUUGACCCAGCUCUACCAGGACGAAGAUUCCACUAUCACCUCACGUGCCAAAAUUGAAGAGCUCCAUAAACUACUCGACUCUCUCUUGCUCAACUUCCUUGAAUUGAUUGGUGUAGUGUCAAUUGAGCCGGAAAAGUUCCAUUUCAAGAUAGAGGACUUGAAGCUCAUCCUAAUUAACAUAAACCACAUCUUGAAUCUGUACCGACCUCAUCAGUCCAGAGAAUCUUUGAUCAUGUUGUUGCGCAGACAGAUAGAAUCAAAGAGACUGGAAAUUUCUGAAAUAAACACCAUUUCAAAUGAAGUCAAGACGAAAAUUAACAAAUUAUUGGAGAAUUUGCUGGUCGAGGAGCAUGUGGAGCCUGGUUCCAUCACCAACGAAGACACGGAAACUGGUGCCAACGAAAAGGUCAAGAACGAAAUCGUCAACAAAUUGCUACAGGAUAUUUAA